UCUUCCAUUUUGUUUUUUUUUUUUGUAGUAGCUUUAUGUCUCAUCUAAGCACACCUCAGCGUCACCUAUUCGAACCUUUCAUAUCACCACAAAUAACAUUUUACACUUCACCACAACAACAACAACGACAUUUAGCACCACGUCAGGCUCAGGCUUCACAACUACAAGAACAGCAACAACAAAAUUACAUUUGGCCCAAUUUAAUUAAUCCUUUAACUUUUAAUACGCCAUUUGAUAGUUUUGAACCUGAAGCUGAAUUUGUACCCUUGGAAGCUCAACAACAGCAAAAUCAACAGAGUCGUAAUAAUAAUAAUGAGGAGAAACCCUUUGCAGAAGUUGAUGUCGUGACUAGUGAGGUAAAUGGUGAUGGUGGCCAACAUCAACCGGGCUUGUUUUUCCAGCAAGCUUUCCCUUUCUUUGGCAAUAAUUUGUUUAAUACUUUUGGCGGUUUCGGAAUUGGUACCCAACAGGAACCUUGGUGGAAGGGGUAAGUCGAAUGUUUAUCUUUUUAUUAGUUUUUUUUUAUA